AUGAAGCAGCGUUUCUCCAGCUUAGAUGUCAAGGUAAUAGUACACGAAAUUUCAAAAGCUGUCGUUAAUCUCCGGGUAUCCAACAUCUACGACCUCUCAUCACGCAUUUUCCUCUUCAAGCUUGCUAAACCUGGCACGCGAGAACAACUCCUCGUUGACUCAGGCUUUCGUUGUCACCUCACAAGUUUCGCCCGUACCACAGCAGCAGCCCCUUCGGCCUUCGUUUCAAAGCUUCGGAAAUACCUCAAGUCGAGGCGCAUAACCUCGGUCUCACAGAUCGGAACAGAUCGAGUCAUCGAACUCGUGUUUAGUGAUGGCCAGUACCGGGUGUUUUUGGAGUUCUUCGCAGCUGGAAAUAUUAUACUCACAGACAAAGAAUACAAUAUUCUCACACUGCUUCGAAAUGUGUCAGAAGGAAAUGAGGAGGUAGACGUUAAAGUAGGAACUCGGUAUCCAUUGGCAGCCAAGCAGAACUAUGCUGGAAUACCGCCACUGACAGAGGAGCGCUUGACGGAGACACUGAGGAAUCAGGUGGCCAGAGCGGAGACUUUGGCUGAAGUCAAUGCGAAAAAGGCAAAGAAGAAGGGGGGAGACGACUUGAGGAAAGCUUUGGCAAUGGGAUUCCCUGAAUAUCCGACACACUUACUGGAUCACUCCUUCAAAGAAACGUCUGUUGAUGCUUCGGUAAAAUCUGCACAGGCUUUAAAGGAUGUAGGACUGCUAUCGAAGUUGAUGAAGGCGGUUGAGCUCUGCGACAGGAUCUUCCGAAGCUUAGGUCGCGAAGCCAGCUCGAAGGGUUAUAUUAUUGCGAAGGCCAAAAAUGACGGGGCAAACGAGGAGACAGGAGGAUCAGAGCGGGAUGCCACGGUACCUCCUCGCGAGGACCUAUUGUACGAUGACUUCCAUCCAUUUAAGCCUUCACAGUUUGAGGGCAAAACAGGGACCUUCAUCAUAGAAAUUGAUGGCUUCAACAAGACGGUCGACGAGUUCUUCUCCUCAAUCGAGUCCCAGAAGCUGGAGUCGAGGCUCACCGAACGAGAAGAAAACGCAAAGAAGAAGAUGGAGAUCGCAAGGCUUGAGCAUGAGAAAAGAAUUGGAGCGUUACAGCAAGUUCAAGAACUGCAUAUACGGAUGGCUGAAGCAAUCGAAGCCAAUGCUCACCGAGUGGAAGAAGCGAUCGCUGCCGUGAAUGGUCUUAUUGGGCAAGGCAUGGAUUGGAUGGAUAUCGCAAAGUUGAUCGAGAAUGAACAGAGUAGGCAGAAUGUGGUUGCUCAAAUGAUCAAGCUACCACUCAAGCUCUAUGAGAACACCGUCACGCUCCUGCUCGACGAAGCAUCUUUUGAACAAGAAGAGGACGAUGGAGGCUACGAAACGGAUGAGCUGGAAGAAUCUGAUGAUGAAGAGGUCACUGUAAAAAUAAAAUCAUCCACCGAGAAGAGAUUGGCCAUCGAUAUUGACUUGGCCCUGUCUCCUUGGGCAAAUGCGCGCCAGUAUUAUGAUCAGAAGAAGACCGCCGCUCAAAAAGAGCAAAAGACGUUGCAAGCAUCAAGCAAAGCUCUUAAAAGUACGGAGCAGAAAAUCAGUGCGGAUCUGAAGAAAGGACUCAAACAAGAGAAAGAUGUGCUUCGCCCUGCGCGGAAACAAUUCUGGUUCGAGAAGUUUUGGUAUUUCAUUUCUUCCGACGGCUAUCUUGUCCUGGGUGGUAAAGAUGCCCAGCAGAAUGAGUUGUUAUAUCGAAGAUAUCUUAAGAAGGGAGACAUUUAUGUUCACGCAGACUUGCAGGGCGCCGCAUCUGUUGUCGUAAAGAAUGCAAUCGAUACGCCCGAUGCCCCGAUUCCACCAUCCACACUCUCUCAGGCAGGUUCUCUGUCGGUGUGUACCUCAACUGCAUGGGACUCAAAGGCAGUCAUGGCCGCGUGGUGGGUCCAUGCAGAUCAAGUGUCCAAGACGGCUCCCACAGGCGAGUAUCUCAGUGCUGGUGGUUUCGUGAUCAAGGGUAGUAAGAAUUUCUUGCCGCCUGCUCAGUUGCUUCUCGGAUUCGCCGUUGCAUUCCACAUCAGCGAGAGUAGUAAGAAGAAUCACCAAAAGCACAGAUUUCAACACUCAGAUACGACAACCCCAAACACUCAAGCGCAAGGCAUGAGCGACGAAACGGGCAGACUAUCCAUUGAAGAAGAAGCCGAAUCCUCAGACCACGAGCUGCACGGAGAAAGUGAUCAAGAGCAGGCAAAAGAUAACGAAAUAGAACCCAAAGGGGGGCCACAGAACAGCGAAGAUAAGGAGGGCAGUGAACAAGAAAGCGCCAAUGAAUCAGAUCCGGAGCAUGAUUCAGAGGCGGAAAGAGAAGACCGUACACAGGCUACAAAUCCACUUCAAACAGAAGCUAUCCUCGAAAAUGCCCAGCCAUUGGGUGAGGACUCUGAGUCCAGCGACGAGCAAUCCGAAGAACCCGCACAAGCCAUCGAAGAUAUCGAAGACAUAGAAGACCCCACUGAAACAACCACCUUCAACACAGCAACCUCAACACCAACACACUCCCAACCCACCACCACCCAAACUCCCUCCACGCCAUCCACCCCAGCAUCCCAAAAACAAACCCCCGCUCCCCGCGGCAAACGCACGAAAGCCGCCAAACGCGCCGCAGCUAAAUACGCACACCAAGACCCCGCCGAACGAGCCCUCGCGCUCCAACUCCUGGGCAGCACCAAAGGCGCCAGCGAAAAAGCCCAAGCCGCCACCAUGUCCAAAGCCGCACGAGAGGCCAAGCUAGCGGCAGACAAAGAACGAAGGAAAGCCCAACACGACCGCGCCGCUGCGGCUGAGAAACGGAGGAUGGAAAGACUCGAAAAGGGCUCGGCAGCCGCCGACGGCCAAGACGGCGAAGACGAAGCAGAGGAGGACAAGGAAGCGGCGGAGCAGGAGAGGAGAAAACUGGCCAACCUCGACUCCCUCGUCGGCAACCCCAUGCCCGACGACGAGAUCCUCGCCGCCCUCCCCAUCGCCGCGCCUUGGUCCGCCCUGGCCCGGUAUAAAUACAAAGUUAAAUUGCAGCCCGGGGCGCUGAAGAAGGGGAAGGCGCCGGAUUAG